UUUAUAAAAUGUAGCAUGUACAUGGUCCAAAUUGUGGAUGUGCAGAAUAUAUGUUUAAUGAAGAUGCCGAUGAUUUAUAUGGAUAAAUAGAAAUAGAUAAAGUUGAUUGCUUGAAUGAAACAGCAUAAAAUAUUAAAUAAAUCAUUCGACCAGAAAAAGACAAGACACAAAAAGUAUUUAUUUAAUAAUAUAUAAAGAAUCAUUAUGUUUAAUCUGAUUUAGACUCAGAAAUAAUUAUUAUUAUACCUUUUAAUGAGACUGUGAGAAUUAGAUAAAUUAAUGUAGUCAGCCUAAAUGAAUAAUCAGCAGCUAAUUUUAUGAAAGCUUAUACAAAUAUUUCUAAUGUAGAUUUCGGACUUAUAGAAACACCUUGUGCAGAAGUAACUUAUUCAUAUUUAAAUAGUAAUUUGUUCUAAGUCCAAAUUUAGAUGGAUAAUUUGGAAAUGCAGUCAAGGUAUCAAAAUUUGAAAAUGUUAAUAACCUUGUUUUAUAUAUUAAAUCAACAAUAAAUGAUCCUAUUAGAAUAUCUUAUGUUGGAUUGAAAGGAAUAAGAACUUUUUAAUCAAAAUAACUUGCAAAUACCAUCUAUGAAUUGAAUCCUUUGGCAAAGUAAGUUGAUCCAGAUAAAGUUGUUUUUGAUAGUGUGUGUUGA